AUGAAGUUCUAUCUUCUGUGCAUCACACUAGCUGCAUUAGCAGCUGGCUUUAGUGCCUCAAUCGUGAAAUCACCGUCUUCCAGAUCCAGUUUGUACUACGGAUACAUAGGGCCUGGUGAUCGGCUGCUCAACAGAACGUACGUUCGGCAACCGGCGAUCCCUAACACUGUUCAGUCUCAAGAUGUAAUUUAUCGUGGGAACUAUACGACUAGGAUAUCAGCUAUUCAGGUAGUCGAGAUCGGAUACACGCAGUACGCCACACCUUGGUUGCUGUAUGGAGGUAUUGGUACCAACAAUGUAAGCAUCAGGAUUCAAUCGGCGAGAGGAUACGGAUACAACUAUGUCGUCGACAUUUGGGGACGAUAA